CCCGGUAGCCCCGGACGAGAGAAGCGUUGUGAGCCGCCGGGAUACAACGGCGGGGAGCGGGGGGGAGGGGGCGCGAGGCCGGGUCAUCCCGGGAACUGCCGCCCCGCAGCGGGUCAUCGGGCUCACGGUUAAGGGGCCGUCGGGCCGACGAGCGGCUGACGAGCGGCCACUGUUCGCCGGUCUGAGGCCCCGCCCGCCGGCGAACGCCCCCCGGUCCCCGGGCACACACACAAACAUUCCCCCAUCACCCACCGGUCGCCGUUGCUGCCCUCGGCCGCCGCCGGCCCGGGGAGCAGCGGAGAGCGGCGCUGGCGCCGGGGCUCGGCGGCUGGCGGGAGCUAACGGCGGCUGCCGGCGAUUCCCCCACGGGACGCCAGCCCCGCAGGAGCGGGGUCCCGGCGGGGCUCGGCCGUGCGGCGGCUGGCUACCGGGAGCUGCGGGUCUCCCGUCCCCUCGGCCCGGACUACAACUCCCGGCAGCGCUGCGGUGCAGGGAACGGAUCCGGGCCGGGCCCCGGGCUCAGCGCCUUCCUCUCCCCUAAAAUAACUCGGAGGAGGAGGAGGAAGGGUACAGGCGCCGGCGGAGCCGCGGCCGAGCCCCUCUCGCCGCCUCACCGGCUCCUCUCUCCCGUCCUUCCCCUCCGCAGGGCCCGGCCGCAGCCGUUCGCAGGACACCGGGCCGGCCAGGGCUGCGGAGGGCGGAGCGGGAGGAGGGAGCGGCCGCCGCCCCGUCGCUGAUGCUCGCGGGGCCCCGGCGGCGGCGAUGUCGGCGGGGGGAGCGCCCCAGUCUGCCCAGGCCCUGAACCUGCUCCCGUACCCACGGCUGAGCGAGGUGCCGCGGGCUGGACCUGACCUGGAUGCCGUCGGCGCUGAGAUCCCGUCUGACCCCUGCACCGCAGGCUACAGGUUCUUCAAACCUGGGGGGCUCUUUGGCAUCAAGCAGCCGGUGGAGCCGUAUGGGGAAGGGCAGCAGAUGCAGGAGGACAGCAAGAUCCUCAGCAGCCCCUGCGCUGUCGAGCCUGGCCGAGUGAGUAAAGUGGAGCAGCCCGAGGAGAAGCCGGUGGGAGCGGGCGGCCCCCUGGAGCUGUACCCCAGCGCCGGCAGCAGCUCGGGGCGCUGGUUCCCGGGCGGGCAGCGUGUGCCGGAGCGUGCCGGCGCUGAGAGAGACCCCGCCACCGCCGCCAACACCGCCACUGCAGGGCUGGGGCCGCUGUCCGGCCGUGUGGGCUGCUGGGUGCCGCAGCUUGGCGCCGGGCCCUUCCGCUGCGGCCAGUGCGGCAAAGGCUUCCGGCAGAAGCAGAGCCUCAUCACCCACGAGCGGAUCCACACCGGGGAGAAGCCGUACCGCUGCGGCGACUGCGGCAAGAGCUUCAGCCAGCGGCCCAACCUGCUGACGCACCGGCGCGUGCACACCGGCGAGCGGCCCUUCCCCUGUGCGCAGUGCGGCAAGAGCUUCAGCCAGAAGGCCAACCUGCUGGCGCACCAGCGCAUCCACGCCGCCGGCCCCAAGGCGCUGCCGGGCGCCGAGCAGGACGACGGCGCCUCGGGCAAGGCCAAGGCGCGGGCGCAGCCCAGGAGCUACGGCGAGGACACCCCCUUCGUGUGCCCUGAGUGUGGCAAGAGCUUCCGGCAGAAGCCCAACCUCAUCACGCACCGGCGCAUCCACACCGGCGAGCGGCCCUUCACCUGCUUCCUCUGCGGCCGCAGCUUCAACCAGAAAACCAACCUGGUGACCCACUACCGGGUGCACACCGGGGAGCGGCCCUUCGCCUGCACGCAGUGCGGCAAGCGCUUCACCCAGAAAACCAACCUCGUGACGCACCAGAGCACCCACACCGACCUGCGGCCCUACCCCUGCGCCCAGUGCCAGAAGUGCUUCAAGGACAAGGUGUCCCUCAAAGCUCACCAGAAGACGCACGCCCCGCGCCAGCGGCGCUGCCCGGGCCGCGGUGCGCCCGCCACGGGACUGCCGUACGGCGCCGCGGCCGCGCUGCUGCAGCCCGGGGGGCCCGAGCAGGACGGCCCUUUCGGCCCCGCGCCGCCGCUGCCCACCCACAAGCUGCCCGACGGCCAGGAGCUCUACUCCUGCGCCGAGAAGAGCUUUGCCCCCAAGGAGCCGCUGCUGCCGCCGCAGCCGCCGGCGCUGGCCGAGCAGCCUUUCCCCUGCCUGCAGUGCGGGGAGGGCUUCUGCCAGAAGCUGACACUCCUGCGCCCGCCCCACGGCCCCGCCGCUGAGGGCUGUGCCACCGCCGCCGCUGCAGCCGCCUUCGGGCCCGGGCCCCACCUCCUGGGGCACCUGGGGGUGCAGCCCGUCCUCGGCGACAGCACCUCGACGGCGGCUCCCCCAGCCCCUGCGGCAGAGAAGCCCUUCAUCUGCAACCAGUGCGGCAACAGCUUCGGCCUCUGGCUCUCCCUGGUCGCCCACCAGAAGAGCCACGCCGGGCAGAAGCCCUUCCCCUGCCCCGAGCACGACAAGAGCUCUGGCGAGGACGAGCUGUCGCCGAAGGCUGUGGCGGAGAAGGCGGCAGAGGGUCGUGCGUGGCUGUGCCCCGAGUGCGGCCGCAGCUUCGUGCAGUACGAGCGCCUGGCCAAGCACCGGCAGAGCCACCGCGGGCGCGGGCCCUACCGCUGCGACGUCUGCGGAAAGAGGUUCAGCCUCAAGACCAACCUGGUGACCCACCAGCGCAUCCACACGGGCGAGCGGCCCUUCACCUGCGGCGUCUGCGGCCGCCGCUUCAACCAGAAGGGCAACCUGGUGACCCACUACCGCACCCACACCGGCGAGCGGCCCUUCGCCUGCGCCCAGUGCGGCAAGCGCUUCGCACAGAAGCCCAACCUCAUCGCCCACCAGAAGACCCACACGGGCCGCCAGCCCUUCACCUGCCUCGAGUGCCCCAAGCGCUUCAAGAGCAAACUGUCACUGCGGGUGCACCAGCGCGUGCAUGCGGCCGAGCGCCCGCCCGGCGAGGCGGGGCAGCCCGCCGGCCCCCCGGGCCCGCCUGGCAGCCCCUACCCCUGCUCGCUCUGCGGGGAGGCCUUCGAGGAGCAGGGCGAGCUGCAGCUGCACCGGCAGGGCCACGCCGGCGAGCGGCCCCACGCCUGCGCCGAGUGCGGCAAGCGCUUCCGCCAGAAGGUCAACCUGGCCGUGCACCAGCGGACCCACACCGGCGAGCGGCCCUUCCGCUGCGCCGACUGCGGCAAGGGCUUCAGCCAGAAGGCUCACCUCCUGCGGCACCGCAGGACGCACGCCGGCGCCGGCCCUGCCCCCUGCUGCCAGGGCGCCUGCCCCGCGCACCGUGACGAGCCGGACGGCGCCGUGGCCAAGGCGGCCGAGCCCCCCGGUGCGCUGCUGGGGCCGCUGCCGCGGGGGGACCCGCGCCCCUCGGCGCAGCCCCCGGCCAGACCCGAGAGCCCCUCGGGCGCGGCCGACAUCCUGCUGCAGCUGAUGCAGGAGGAGCAGCAGCACCUCGUCUCUGGCGCCCAGCACCCGGCCGAGGGGCCCUUGGCGCAGGGGCCCCCCUGCAAGUGCGCUGGGGGUGGCGAGGCCUUGGGCACCAAACCGCCGCCGCCGCUGCCGCCACAGUGCUGCUGCGCUGACUGCGUGAGCCAGCGGCAGCUGCUGCCCAAGCCACAGCCGCAGCCCGACUGCCGCGCCGAGCUCUGGUGCAAGUACGGCGCCUGCGGCAGAACCUUCGAGGAGAAGCGAGGCCUGAGGGUGCCCGAGCGAGCCCACGGCGAGGAGAAGCCCGUGCCCUGCCCCAGCUGCCUGACGCCGGGCUCUGGCAGCACCGGGGCUGCGGCCGGCCUGGCCCCGGGACCCCCGAACCCCGCCAACCCCCACGUGUGCCCCAAAGGGGCCGGACCCCGAACCCGGGCGGCCACGCUCGCUCCGGCCCGCGGGGCGCGGGGGCUGCUCGGCGCGGGGCCGGGGCUGGAGGCGGCGCGGGGGCUGCUCGCCCGGCGGCGGGAGGGGCCGGGCGGGGCCGGCGGGACGCGGCGCGGCGGCGGCUCGGGCAGGUCAGCGCGGCGGGCGGGGGCUGCGUGGGGCCCGGGGACUCCCGGGAGGGGGGAAGCGGCACCGAGGAACCCCCUCCCCUCUCCUCUCCCCAUUCCUUUGCGGCCCGCACGGCUCCGCUCCCUCCCCGGCACCGCGGCGGCUCCGGCCCGGCCCGGCCCGGCCCGGCCCGACCCCCCCCGCGGACACGCUCGAGACUCACCGGGCCGGGAUGCGCCGGGGGACACCGGCACCGGGACCGAGACCGGGACUGAGACGGGCCGCGCCCGCGCCGCACGGCCAGGGACGCGGGUGCCCAUGACGGACCUGGCGUCGCCGGCGGGCGAGAAGCCCUUCUCCUUCCCGGGCGGCGAGGAGGGGCUGGGGGACGAGAAGGUGCUGGUGAUCCACAGCCAGGCCGAGGAGGAGGCGGAGAAGGAGUUCAAGUGCAUCCUGUGCGGGGAAUGCUUCGGCCAGCUGCCCAGCCUCGCCCGGCACCAGAAGCACCACGCCGGGGAACGCGCCUUCAUCUGCGCCGAGUGCGGCAAAGCCUUCAGCCUCAAGCACAACCUCAUCAUCCACCAGCGCAUCCACACCGGCGAGCGGCCCUACCAGUGCAGCGUGUGCCAGAAGAGCUUCAGCCUCAAGCAGAACCUGCUCACCCACCAGCGCAUCCACAGCGGCGAGAAGCCCUUCUCCUGCCAGCGCUGCGGAAAGCGCUUCCGCGAGCACCGCUUCCUGCUCAACCACCAGCGCACGCACGCCCAGGACGGGCCCGGCGCCGCCGCCACCGGCGCCGCCGAUGAGCCCCGGCCGGGCGGCAGCCGCCCGCCGCAGCCGCACGAAGGGCCCGCCGCGAAGGGCUUCAGCUGCCGGCGCCGGCACGGCGGGGAACGGCCCUUCGCCUGCCCCGACUGCGGCAAGACCUUCGGCCAGAAGGGCUCCCUGAAGACCCACCGGCGCACCCACGGCGCCCGGCCCCCCUUCGCCUGCGCCCGGUGCGGCGAGAGCUUUGCCCAGGAGGCCGCCCUCACGGCGCACCAGGGCUGCUGCGGGGCUGCCGCUGCCCUCACGUGAGCCCCCCGCGCUCCCCAGCCCCCUGCCCGCGCCAGCCCCCGCCACCGGGCUGCUGCUCGCACACCCCCCGGCAGCGGCCGUCCCUGCCGGCACGGCAUGACCCUGCCUCGGCACGUGGCACAGCCCGGCACAGCCUGGGAACCCCCCAGGCCAGGCCCCUCACCCCUCGUCCUUCUUCUGGGGUUUCUCCCCUGACAGUCACGAGGCCGAUCCCGCCGGUGCCGGGAGCCUCGUGCCACCCCCCCCGGGCCUGAGAUAAUGGAGCAGGAGGAGGAGGAAGAGGAGGAGGGAGGUUUCCCCAGGGUGUCCCCACACGCCCUGGCUGGUGCAGCUGUGGCGCGGCAUGGUGGAGCCGGCAGAGCCGGUGUGCUGGGUGCCGGUGCUGGGUAACCUCUGCUGUGCUUGUUUGCACAGGGAGUGAUGGCCACGACUGCCGCAGCAGAGCUGGCUCUCAGCACCCAGCGGGGACAGAGCUGCCAGGGAGGGGGCUGUGGGGAGGAGGAGGCCACGGUCACCCCGGCUGCGCCGAACCCCUGCCAGCUCCCACACCACACCAAAUAAAGAUGAAAUAAACCGCAAA